CGGGAGUCUCGCGAGACUAAGCGCAGUUUCCCAGCCAGCAAGUGUGGUGUUGCGCGAUAGAGACGAGGAAAGAUGGCGACGCAGGGGAGCGAGUCAACUAAACCUACAGUCAGCAACGGAGAGGUAAGCAGCAAUGGAACCGCUGCAACAACAGACGGUCAGACUGUGCAGACAGCUGAAAAUGCCCAGGAUCCUCAGCAGCAGCAGCAGCAGCAACAAGCACCUAAUGCCUGGCAGGUCAUUAAAGGGGUCCUCUUUAGAAUCUUCAUAAUUUGGGCAAUCAGUAGUUGGUUCCGCAGAGGUCCGUCCACUCCUGACCCCAACACCCCAGCAGGGGCCCCCAGAGUACCCAGCAGGAACCUCUUCCCCAAAGACACCCUCAUGGACCUGUACAUCUACGUGUCCCAGGAGGAGGUGUUCUCUGACUUCAACAACACAGAUGCCCUUUUCUGGUUCCACAGGGACCUGGUCUAUGGAGACUGGGCCACAGGGGAGAGCGGAGAUGGCUGCUACCAGCAGUAUAAAGAGUUAGACAUCUCAGAGAAAGUUCAGCAGAACGGCUCCCUGUACAUUCAUGUCUACUUUACUAAAAGUGGAUUCCACCCUGACCCGAAACGCAAGGGGCAGUACCGCAGGCUGGCAACAGUUCAUUCAACAAAAAUGCUCAAUAAAUUCAAAAGAAGAAAGUUUCUGAAAACUAAGAAUCUGCUCACAGGAGAGACGGAAGCAGAUCCUGAGAUGAUUAAGCGGGCAGAGAGCCACGGUCCAGUGGAGAUUAUCUCCCACUGGCACCCCAACCUGACCAUUAAUAUGGUGGAUGAUCACACAGCCUGGGUGAAAGGCUCUGUCCCACCCCCUCUAGACCAAUAUGUUAAGUUUGACGCAGUAAGUGGCGACUACUACCCCAUUGUUUACUUCAAUGACUACUGGAACCUGCAGAAGGACUACUAUCCCAUCAACGAGACCCUGACCAAACUCCCGCUGAGGCUCACCUACUGCCCCCUGUCCCUGUGGCGCUGGCAGCUCUACGCUGCCCAGAACGCUCGCUCGCCAUGGAACUUCCUGCCUGAGGACACGUACGAGCAAUCUGAUGAAGACCAAGACUCCGUCAAGGUCGCCCUCUUGGAAACCAAUCCAUACCUGCUGGGACUCACCAUUGUGGUGUCUAUUGUACACAGCAUCUUUGAGUUCCUCGCUUUUAAGAAUGAUAUCCAGUUCUGGAACAGCAGACAAUCUCUGGAAGGACUGUCUGUGCGCUCCAUUAUAUUUGGGGUGUUUCAGUCUCUUGUUGUGUUGCUGUACAUUUUGGACAACGAAACCAACUUUGUGGUGCAAGUCAGCGUCUUCAUCGGUCUUCUAAUUGAUCUGUGGAAAAUCACCAAGGUUAUGGAUGUCAAGUUGGACCGAGAGAACAAAAUUGCAGGGAUUCUUCCUAGAUUGGUAUUCAAAGAUAAAUCAACAUAUGUGGAGUCUUCAACCAAAAUCUAUGAUGACAUGGCCUUCAGGUACUUGUCAUGGCUGCUCUAUCCUCUGUUCGGCUGCUACGCCGUCUACAGCUUAUUGUACGUAGAGCACAAAGGCUGGUACUCCUGGGUACUCAGCAUGCUUUAUGGCUUCUUGUUAACCUUUGGUUUCAUUACAAUGACACCGCAGCUAUUCAUUAACUACAAAAUGAAGUCUGUAGCUCACCUCCCGUGGAGGAUGCUCACCUACAAGGCUCUCAAUACCUUUAUUGAUGACCUGUUUGCUUUUGUGAUCAAGAUGCCCAUGAUGUACAGGAUAGGAUGCCUUAGAGACGACGUGGUGUUCUUCAUCUACCUUUACCAGCGCUGGAUCUACCGGGUCGACCCCAACAGAAUGAAUGAAUUCGGCACCAGCGGACUGGACCACACCCAGAACAACACCGCAGAGACCACGCCCGCUGUCACAGACAAACCAGAGGGGGAGAAAAAGAACGAUUAAAAACGACCCCGCUCUUAUCUUCUCCCGUGGCUCCGACCGCCGGGGCGAAGAGGACUUGUGAAAGUUAGUGCAGGGAGCGGAGUGGUCGUUUAGCUGUUUAAUGGACGCCACUACAGAAAAAAAAAAACAAAAAAAAAGAA